AUGAAUUUGAAAGUAAGUUCGUCAGUUUCGCCAUUGGUGUGUGUGGACACAAUCAAUCGCUACAGUAGUAGCGUCUCAGCGCAAGCCGAGCCACAGAAGCAGCAUGAUUAUUACAAGGAAUUGUUGGCGAACUCUUCAAAAGGACGCAAUGAAAUUGUUAACCAUGAGCUCUUCUCCAGUAUCAAAAACAUGGAGGGUAUGAGAAUCUUCAUGGAGAAUCAUUCCUUUGCUGUUUAUGACUUCAUGACGCUUUUGAAGAGUUUGCAGAAGAGGUUUACAUGCGUCAGACCAACUUGGACUCCGCCCAAGAACCGAAUAGCUGCUAGGCUCAUCAAUGACAUUGUUACUGGUGAAGAGACGGACGAGGUGGUUGAACCACAUGUCUACAUCAGCCACUACGAACUCUACCUGGACGCAAUGAAGCAAGUCGGUGCCAACACAAGCCCAAUCCUUGCUCUGACCUCAACCAUGGAACAGACCAACGACCCUCAGAAAUCUCUCGAGGCCGCCCGCGAAAAAGGGGCAACGAAACAUGCUCUGAAAUUCGUGGAAGAGACUUUCGAAGUGAGUCUGAAUGAGAAAAUUCCGGAUCACGUAGUCGCCGCUUAUUUCCUGUUUGGUAGGGAAGAUCCCAUUCCGGAUAUGUUCAGAACGAUGCUAGACAAAAUCCCGCAACUCUACUUGAAGAAAGAUUUCGUCCUCUACCUGGAACGCCACAUCUUUCUGGACGAGGAGCACCAUGCACCCAUGGCCAAACGACUCCUGCAAAGCCUCUGCAAAGAUGAUGAAAAACUUUGGCAGCAGUGUGCUGAAACUGCUGCCAAAGCCACUUACUCUAGGGCUCGCUUUUGGGAUGGGGUCCUGGAGCAGGUCAAACAUCUUUAA